UAUUUCCUAUCGAGUUUGCAGCCAUAUCGAUUACUCUGAAAAAGUUUUUACAAUUUAAAACACAAAGUCUUAUAGAAAUAAAGAUUUUUGGGUGUUUCAUAUACAACUGCACCAAUUUCGCCCAAGCAAGAUUUCGUGGCUUUGCGUAUCUCUCGCGUAUUAAUGUACAUGUAUAUGUACUACUUAGGGAUGAAGACGCUUAAAGCGCAGCCUGCCCGAAUGAACAGGUUAAAAAACAGUACGAGUUUACCUAAAGGAGGACUGCAUUAAAGGCACAGCCUACAGCUAGUUCAAUUCAAUUAAUGCAUUUUUUGCUCAAAACACAUGUACAUUUGCUUACACAUGCAUUGCGCGAUAAGCUGUUUAAAAAUUGUUUCUGUUAGCUGGUCGCACCUGGCCACACAGUCGAAAAGCCGUGCGAAAAUCGAGAAAUUCAUAAAACCCGGAGGAUAUGCCAGUGGUUAUUGCGGUGUAAUCCUCCGGACCGCCAUGCUGUUGUGCUGUGCGGAUUGUAGCGGCAUUUGUCAGUAGCAGCUGUUGCAGUUGCCUUACGCACAAAAGUGCGAAAAGGAUAGUCACGAUGACACCCUUUGAUGACUUUGUCUAUCUAAUCAAUCAUGUGCUGCUGGGCGAGGAGCCGACCAUCGAGGACUUCAUACUGCUGGUAGGCACCCUGGUGGCAUUUAUAGCAUUUAUCCUUUGGUGCUGCUUCCCCAUACAACCUAAGCAGGAGCGUGGCCCCCAUCGCCAAUUCACCUGCAAGAUUAUCCAGAAUCCCAUUAAGGCCUUUGACGCCUCCACCAGCACCGACGACGCACCCAUUCCGGGAGGUGGCUCCGGAAUUGGCAGCUCCAUGUCCAACAUGCAGUACAAUGGUAGCGGAAGCUAUAGCAAGAAUGGUACUGUUGCCAUGCACAAUUACUACGUUAAGAACGGUCACCAUUGCUGCACCUAAUAAUGGGCAUUUCGACUAGCGGAUUGAAAAUGUCCUGAGCUGGACAGCGUGUUAGUUACCAUUUAGUGAGCACAGCCAUCUAUAUACGGAAGCAUAUUAAUUAAGCUUUGUGCCAAUGGGUUAGGAGGCAGCUUAAAGUUGCCAUUUCGCAUUUGCAGCAUGUUUGGAAUUUCUGAAUUGUAAUUGCUCAGACUGAUUUGUUUAUGGAACGUAGAAGGGUUGAGGAGAAUAAGGAAGAAAUGAUGGGACAGGUGGCACGAGCAUACUGUGCAGCCUCCAAGAAGCCCCUGGAAGUUUCAAAGACUUCCUUGAUUUCUCUAUAUGUUGUAUGCAUUUGUUGGAAUACCAGAUGUAGUAUGCGUACUGUGUAAAAAAUAUUGGGCGUACAAACCAAUUAAUUCUAAGUAUUUUUAUGUGUAAACGAUUUGAUUAGUCCCAGAGAAACUCCAAGACAACCCAAUGCGUGCAAACAAAAACAAAGCCCUUUAUUGAACUUAUUUAUAUUUAGUGGUAAUGGGGAAAUAAAGUUUCUCCUUAUAUAUUUACAAAUGUACUUAUAUAUCUUUAAGAUAAAUAGUGUACACGCCUAGAUACACUCCAAUUAAUUAACUUUGGGUAUCGUUCUACGAAUUUUGCAUACUGGAUGUGUAUUAAGGUGUAUUUGAUCUCAUUCAAUGAUAUUAUUUGUGAUGUAACAACUUCAAGGUAAUUUCAAUUAUUCCCCUAAAUGAAACUAAAAACCUAACGACAAACCGCCACCC